GGAAACAUCGUUAUAAAAUGCUAAUCUAUAUAUAAAUAUGCUGUUUUGUAUAUAUACCGAAACUAUCUUAUGUCCAAGAUGUUUAAAAUUUAAGAAACGUAUAAAGAAUUAAUACUGUGCUUUGAGCAUCUUGCACUCGCUUAUGUAAUUCAGUAGCUUCUGAAGAAGUGAUUGGUGAAUCUGAUGGCAUAAACAGUGUGGAUUGUGUUAAAAAUUACGGGUCGCGUGGUUGUGAUUUGAUAUUUCGCAGCGUCUCUGAUCUAGCGACAAUUACAUAAACUGAACAUUACUAAGAAUGGAGACCACAAACAAAUUAACAUCUACAUCAAACAAAUGUGAAGUUCAUACUUAAAGAGAAAGGUGCUACACUGAGGCGCAGUCAUGCACCAGGGAGCUUUUAUGGGUGCGAACUGGACAGUUCGUCGCAAACUGUCAGUAGCGCCACAUCCCAGACGCACGUAUCAGCCCCACGGGUCACAAUGGAACGUGCAGGUGGUGCGUGGCAAGGUGACCACGCGCUGCCUUUGGAACGCCUGCAAGGCCUUGACUCUUGGCCUGCUGCUACUCCUGCUAGGAUGCGCAAUGGCCACCGUCGGUUACUAUGCAGAUCAGCUGUCAGUGGCGCACGAAGUGAGGGGCAAUCGAACAGUCCGGGUGAAGAACGAAAGCAGAGGCUUCCACCUCAACAACCUGUCCUACGCCGGGCCCAUCGUCAUGGGUGUGGGCGGUUUCAUCGUUGUAGCAGCGUGUGUAAUGACGUUCGAAGCUCGUGACAGCGCAGCGAAAGUAGUUCCUGCAAGACUCAAACUCAACAACACGAUCAAAUCGAGUCCUCUUUCAAAGAAACAGCUGUCGGAGAGAUCAGACAGCCGCCGAAGUACCAGCUGUCAAACCAAGUGGGACAAUCAAAUGGGCCUGUUUCAGGCAUCAAGCAAUAAAACCGGAAGUGUGCGUGGUACCUCGCCAUGUGGAAGCGAAGUCUUGAACCGGCGCGCCCUCACCGCUGCUUUCGUUCAAUUCUCCAGAACGCUACAAAACCGGCAGCCGUCAACAGAUUCAGGGUCUUCGCGACUCUACGAACAACCUCUGACAAACGCAAUCACUAAAAGUCCUUCGGCGCCAAAUCUCUCCGCUGAUAACAUUUCGCAUCCUCGUAACCAGAACCUAACACCAAUAAAACCACAAACGGUAAACUCAUCACCAAGAUCAAAGCUGAAAAUCAGUGGGAAUUCUCUUCACCCUACCGGUGGUGGAUGUGCACUGCUCAGCCCUUACCUCCUUCAGAGACAGGCUCUGUCGAUGGACAACCCGGCUUAUGGGCAAUGCGGGUGUUACUCGCCUCCGCCUUUACUGCGUCGGCAACCCAGUGGCCGGAGUACAAGAAGUGGAGGGAAUAUGAGUACCGGAAGUCGCGAAUCGCUUGAAAUCGGCGGAAGAGCAGAAGCAAGUUGCUCUCAUCAUGGCUCUCAAGCUUCGAUGGCGAUGGAUUUACAUCUUCCAAAUGACUGUCCUGUAACACUGAAAGUUAGGGACCAGUCACGAAAAUCGGAAACUGCUAAAAGACAUUUGUUUGUGAGACAAAAACCGGUCGAGGAAGACUUUAAUGAGUCUUUACCGUGUAGUAAUUUAGAUUUUCGACGUGAAUCACAUUCCUGUAGUCCCAGGUUAGGUGGAAUUUAUGCGAGGACAAACACGGAAGAUACUACAAUCCAACAUCCUAGAUCAAGAGCGAAUACUGCGGAGUCGAGACACCACCGGCAGUCACACAGCAGGCGAGGGUCGACUUCGUACUCCAGAUCAAGCACAGAUGAAGCCAAGCUGCGUCCUAGAUCGAGGUCAAACACGGGUGAAUCCGUGAGAAGCUAUCAGCGCAGACAGUCCAGCUCUGUGCAAACCAAACAUUACUACUCAAAAUCCAACAAUGAAGAUCCCAGAUCAAGAAGAAGUUCGACGUCAGACUUUCCCAGCGGACGACAUCGGGAGUCAAAUCCAGCUCUGUUUUUCACUAGAUCAAAUACUUCAACAACAGAUGAAUAUAAAAGGCUUCACUACCGAAGACACUCGCCCAGUGCGUCGCCAUAUUCAAUAUCAAGAUCCAAUACAGACGAAUCAUCAACAGUGCACCAGCGAGAAGACAUUUUUCAAGACAUAGAAAUGACAAUAAUUAGGACAAAACCUGAUAAAGAAGACAGCAGUUUGCAUGACCUUUUACGAAUUAGCGAAUUGGAACGACAAAAUUAGCAGAAACGUUGUAAAAAUAUUUAAAAGGGAUCGGGAAACGAUAAACAAAAUUGCAUCAAUCAAGCAGCUACUUUAUCAGACACCAGUAAACGUGCCUCUGACCUGGAUUUAGUAAUUGAAACUGAUAGCGUUAAAUCAACACAUACUUAGAAUUAUGUAAACAAAAUAUAAGUAAAACAGAGCAGUUUACUUCAAAUGCUAUGGCCUCAUCAAUGUUGCGAUUUGGAAAAUACUGAUUAACAUUGCGAGUUGUCACA